AUGGCACAGCGCAGAUUCGCGCCGUUAGACACCGAUGGAGGCGAUGUACCCACACUGAAGGGCAUCGUGUUUGAUGUUGACGGGACACUAUGGCAAGCAUAUCAUUUACCUCUUCAUGAUAGGCAGUGCCUGCUGCCUGCCACAGCAUUAUAUGUUUCAAGAGAUGCGGUAAGAUGGCUCGUGGCUCUGGAAGAUACCUCAAAGGCUCCAUUCAAGCUCAUGUCUGACCUACUUUGCUCUAGGGAUGCCCUCGGCAUAGAGAAAGGGGUUGAUAUAAUUCAUCAUAUCCGAGGCCUCCCAAACUUCAAGGAGAGGACAGAUGCCAUCGCGAUUGUCCGAGAAAUCGAGCGCAAGGCGAUGGUAAAACAAGUACCUCAGCCAGGGCUCGUCGAGCUCAUGGACUAUCUCAAUUCUAAGGGUGUCAAGAGGGCGUUGUGUACACGCAAUUUUGAUGGCCCGGUAAACCAUCUUAUCAAGUCUCAUCUGGCUACUCAUGUCUUUGCACCAAUUGUGACUCGCGAUACGCCGAAUAUAAUGCCCAAGCCUGACCCGGCUGGGAUACUGCAUAUUGCACGCGCAUGGAACCUCGAGGAUGCUAGUGAUUUGAUCAUGGUUGGUGAUAGCUUGGAUGAUAUGACGGCUGGACACAAAGCCGGAGCGGCGACUGUGUUGCUCCUAAAUGUACGAAACCAGGAUCUCAAGGACCAUGAACAUACUGAUCUUUGCAUCGAGCGUCUGGACGAUUUGAUCAGUAUACUGGAGAACGGGUUCCGUGGAGUUAGAGAAAGAUCUUAA